AUGGAUAAAGAACUGAAUGUGACAUAUAUUUCUCUGGGUGGGUAUGUAGAGGUGGAGAAAUACAGAUACCUUUAUUUUGUGAUUAUUUUUAUAGUAUAUGUUUUAAUCAUCUGCUGUAAUUCCACUAUUGUAUGCCUCAUAGGGAUUCACCAAAACUUACAUGAACCGAUGUACAUUUUCAUCGCAGCUUUACUAAUCAACUCUGUUCUCUUCAGCUCUGCGAUCUACCCAAAGCUGCUGGUUGACUUCUUAUCUGAGAAACAGACCAUAACACAUUCAAUGUGCCACUUUCAAUUCUUCAUGUUUUAUUCUUUAGGUGGGUCAGAGUUCUUUCUGUUGUCAGCCAUGGCCUACGACAGAUAUGUGUCUAUAUGUAAACCUUUCCAUUAUCCCAAUAUCAUGAAUAAGUCAACUGUAAGUGUUUUCUUAGUUUUGGCUUGGCUUUUGCCCGCUUGUCAGAUAGCUGGGUUGACUUCAUUCAGUUCUAAAAGAACAAUCUGUAACUUUACUUUGAAAGGAAUCUUUUGCAACAAUUCUAUUUACGAGCUUCACUGUGUCAGCUCCAAACUACUUUCUGUGUAUGGUGUGAUUGCUUUGCUGAAUAUUGUAUUUUUUCCUAUACUCUUCAUCGUUUUCACGUAUGCAAAGAUACUAAUUCUAACUCAUAGACAUACUAGGGCAGACAGGAGAAAAGCUGCACAGACCUGUUUACCCCACAUGCUGGUUUUGAUCAACUUUUCUUUGUUGUGCACGUACAAUAUCAUCAUACUGAGACUUGAAUCAGAUAUUCCAAAAACUGCAAGUCUGAUUAUGACUUUACAAAUAGUUUUGUACCAUCCUCUCUUUAAUCCGCUCAUAUAUGGACUCAAAAUGAAACAAAUUAAUAAACACCUCAAAACUUUGUUCACUCUAGUUUCUCUGAAUAAGUGA